ACGCUGCAGGUUUUCUCCCGGGGUGGAAGGUGAAGCCCGGGCCUGCGCAUCCCUCUCAGGCAGUUCCCGGGCAGCUGGCCCUGAUCCCACGGCUGGGGCAGUUCCCCAAACUGGGAAACAGUUUUCUGAGUGAGAAGAUGGGAGGAGCUUAGGUGGGUUGAGCUUGCCCGGCUGGGAAGCUGGCAUUCUCUGCGACUGGUAGGGCCCCUGUGACUGGUCUGGCCGGCCAGGCUGGGCCUCCCCUGAUGGAGAAGACAGGGAGGCAGUGGGAGAAAAAGGGGUGUGUGACACAGAGGAAGCAGGGACAGUUUUACCAGGAAAUUGCGAAUGAGAGGAAGUGGGGGACCUAGACAGCAGGUGGGAACCUUGGGUUACCGGCAUGGUAUAGAAGAAUGCAGUUCCAGUCCCCCUAAAGUUUGCCCACGUGAGUGUGGGGUUUCAGUGUUGUGUAAAGUUAGCGAAGACUGUGCCCUGAUGGGUGUGUAGCCUAGUAGCUGGGGGUUCAGAACAGCCUGAGAGUGGUGUGGCUUUGGAGGGCUGGAGCAGAAAAAUAGGCACUUACUCUUCUGUACUGCUUCUUUUGCUCAGGGUUCAUGGCUGGGUUAGGCUGACAUUGUGGUUGCACUCAGGGAUGCUCCCAACCCAAAUGCAGUACUCUGACUUAGACUCUUACUUACUGAGCCCUGGGGCUUGUAGGGGCCAGGUGUCUUCACACUUUAGCUCAUCCUUGGUGUAGAAUUAUUUUGUCCCAGGAAAAUUCAGAGUUCCAGAGAGUGUGUGUGUGUUUAAGUCUUCUCAGUCAUUUGUUUCAGUGGAAACUAAACUUUCGAUUGUUUUCAAAAGGUGAUUGUCUGGAGAGGAUGGGUCUGGAGUUUCGGGUGCCAGAGCAUCCAAACUCCUGCCUAGGAAUUUUGGUAAUUAGGGUUUGCAGGCCAGGAUGAAGGAGCAAGGACAGCUGUCUUGCCACUUGCUUUUCCUUUCUUGGCUCUCAGCCUUGAGUGGUUGGCCCAGAGUCUCUUGGAAGUCUUUGGGUGUGACCAACAGUGCCUCCUCCAUGAGGCAGGGUUGGCCUAUAGGUAAGCGAAAGGUGAAGGAUGCCUGGGCCCCUUCACCGGGCUUCAAGACCCGAAGGAGGGCUGAGAUGGGGUCAGUGCCGCAGGGCCAGGGAACCAAAGCGCAAGGGUCAACUCCCACACACUCACCUGACUCUUUGGCACCCCUUGAUCAUCCAGCCUUGGGAUCCCCCUCCUCUGGCUCAGUGUUUCUCCAGGCAGGCAGCUGGAAGCACCAGCUUGCUGAGACCUGCCCUUCCCCCACCAUGCACACAUGCAUACACACAUGCACACACACACCUUUGAUUAGGAGACGAUUGGCUGUACUUGUGCUGAGUUCAGGCCUUCUGCAGAGGGUGAAAUCUGUUGAGGAGGCACUUUUUGGCUCCCAGCUGCCACACUCGGCACUUUUCUAUGUGGUCUCCUCAGGAAGUCACCAUUGUCGUUGUGCUUAGCAGUUGGGGUAGGGAAGGACGGGGGUGAGAAGAGCCUGUGCCAGGGCAGCAUCCCUGCAUCCUGUCUGUGCUCAAGGUGGGAGAGCUCCUGUAGGCUCUGCUCUGCGGACCUGGCUCCUGGAGUGGGCUUGGGGCCAGCAUGUGGGACAGGCAGAUCCCCUGAGGACCUAUAACUCUGAUCUUCUGCCUUUUGAUCUGGAAGAAUUCUUGCCUCUCCGAUGCUCUUGGUGGCCUGGUGUGGGGAGGUGUCUUUGGCUUCUCCAGCCUAUUCUGCAAGCAACCUGGUCUCUGGGUGCAAGGCUAGGUAAUGUAGGGUCUCUAGUGGGAACAUAUAUCCCUACUUGCCCAGCCACACUCUAUCUCCCCUGAUGAGGGUGAGGGUGAGAAGUCCCCUCAGCCCCCCUUCCCCACAGUUAUCUGAAGUGCUUGGCCCUGCUCUCCAGUUACCUCCUGUAUCUAACCUGGAAAGGAGUGGGUAGUACACUGGGGUGGUCUUUGCCCAAGGGUCUGGUGGAGGCUGAGCCGGGUGGAGAUUCCCUGGACUAGGUGCACAAAAAUGUUCUGGCAGGGCUUCAGAAAAUAGAAAGUGAGGUUGGGGUGCCAAAGAGUCAGGUGAGUGUAUGGGAGUUGACCCUUGUGCUUUCGUUCCGCGGCCCUGUGGCAUGGACCCCAGACAAGGAGUCAGAGAGCAGUCAGGCUGACUCCUGCCUUCUUCCAACUGAGCAGGCCCCCAGUGCGGGUAACUGGGGAACUUUGUGAAACACCCUGGUGGGGGUGAGGCAGGGCAUAGGAUGCUGCAACUUAAAGCCACAGGAUGGUUACUCCAUCAUUAAAGGAGGUGGACAGGGAGGACUGGUGGGGUCUGGAGUCUCUUCUAGCUGGAUAGCCUGCUAACUGGAAAGUGGUGGGAAUCUCUGACCAGCCCUGAAAACACAGCAUAGCUGGGAGGCCCACCCGUGACCUCAGACAUCUUUGGGAGAUUGAGGCCUGAAUCCCCAAGGGACAACCCCCUGGGCCCUGGAGGGAGCAGGAACCCGAGGACUUAGAGAAGACAGCAGUAGGAGGUGGGACCCUAGGAUACACAGCACAGUCGCUGGCUGGCCCUCACCUGCUGUUGGCACCAGCAGCAGGUCUCCUGGGGUGCUGGCUGUUGGCUGGCCUCAAGAGCAGGCUGGGCUUGGAGGGAGGGGUAUGCUGAGUCAGCAUGACUCGCCAGGCACAGUGAGCUCUGGGGCAGCACUGGGGUUAUUUUUAAAGCUCCGCUUCCUUCUAGGCUUGCCCCUCCCGCAGAUUAUUCCUUCUAAUCUCUCCCCCUGCCCCUUUGUCUUGCCCCUGGCUCCCUCAUAGCCUUCAGUUCCCCUUCCCCCAUCAGAUCUCCCUGACCUGGUUCUCUAGGGGCAGGGUGGUCAGGAGCAGCCCAACUCAGGAGAGAAAAGCCCAAAGAGUGGCUGCUCACUGUGCCCCGGGUUAUGACGACCCCUAAUAAAGGAAGCAAGGCCUUGAAGGUGAAGCGGGAGCCAGGUGAGAAUGGCACCAGCCUGACGGAUGAGGAGCUGGUGACCAUGUCGGUUCGUGAGCUGAACCAGCACCUGCGGGGCCUGUCCAAGGAGGAGAUCAUUCAGCUGAAGCAGCGCCGUCGCACACUCAAGAACCGGGGCUACGCGGCCAGCUGCCGCGUGAAGCGGGUAACACAGAAGGAGGAGCUGGAGAAGCAGAAAGCCGAGCUGCAGCAGGAGGUAGAGAAGCUGGCCUCUGAGAAUGCCAGCAUGAAGCUGGAGCUCGACGCCCUGCGCUCCAAGUAUGAGGCCCUGCAGAACUUCGCCAGGACCGUGGCUCGCAGCCCUGUGGCCCCAGCUCGGGGCCCCCUUGCCGCCGGCCUGGGGCCCCUGGUCCCUGGCAAGGUGGCCGCCACCAGUGUCAUCACAAUAGUAAAGUCCAAGACGGACGCCCGGUCAUAGGGACAUGUGGGAUUGCCGGGCAGGUCUUCGAGGGGCCACUAGGCGCAUGGCGAAGUCAGCAGCCCUGUCCCACUUCCUCCUCCUUUUCCCUCUCCUUCCUCUUCCCCUUCUCCCUUCUUUUCCCUUCCCUGCAAAGCACAACCUGUUCCCCAGGGGCACUGGGCUGAGCCCCUUUGAUCUCAUCUUGUCUCAGUGCGUGUGUUUGUACGCUGGGAUUGGUCAGUUCGGUGGUGAUGUUGGGUUGCUCCUAACCCUCUUUGUACCUAGGCCAUGCAGGCUAGGAGUCUAGAGUGGGCACUGUGGGAAUGGACAAGAGAAUGGGAAAGCCAGUGAGCAAACUGGGCCUCAAGGUCUGCCCUCCCCUCCUCGGUGCCCACAGCCCACAGCCCACAGGCUGCCGGGCUUAAAUGGGACUGGAGGGGUUCUCUCUCUUCAGACCUGGCAGGCAGCUCGCUAAGCCCAGAAGGAAGAGAGGGGCUCUGCUCUGAAGAGUGGGGUGUCCUUGAGGGCCCUGGACAGGUAGGUCACCUGCCUGGGCACUGUGGGUGCUGGGGCAGGGGCUGUGGCGCUCAAACCUGACACGGUGCACUGAACAAGACUAAAUCACUGGCCGUGAGCGUGCGUGGAAGGUAUGUCAGUGUGUCCUGCAAUGGGUCCCGUGUCACUGUUUACAUGACCUAUUUGUGUGGUUAUAUAGCCCUUUAUUUAAAAGAGAAGUUCCUUUUACGAAGUUAUUAAAUUAUAUGUUUAAGAGCUAAAGAGAAAAAAAAGAGCUGCAGAGUAUUUAUAAAAUUGUCUUUUAAAAAAAAGCAAGUAAAAAGAACAUUUGACCAUAUAAAUGGAAAAGGGAAGAAAGUAUAAUAGUAACUUUGCUAGUUUAAAAAAAAAAAAAAAAAACACCCAAAAAACAAAAACAAAAAAAAUCCCUUCUUGUAAACUUACGGACAACUCUUUGUGGCUGUUGGAAUUUAGUUUUUAUAUACACAGAGUUAUCAGACAUUAUUUAUAAAACUUAGUUUAAAAAAAAAAAAAAAAGCCAAGCCGCGCGCCCACCAGAGGCCGUCCUCUUUGAUAUCUCUUUUGCAAUUGUACCGAAAGUGACUUACUACUCCUUUGCCCUUCCUGCUUCCGUCUCUUGCCGGUGCCGUGGUGUUGUCCGUGCCUGGUGAGGUUUUGUGCAGCCCGUAAAGUGCUGGUGCUUCUGGUGACCUUUGACCUGUGGCCGUCCCUUUUUGUGUAUUUUCCCGUGUUUGUUUUUUGGGUUUGGUUGUGUUUUUGCUUCUGCUGGCUUGUUGGACCUCAGCCGAGCCAGGGUCCCUGAUGGCGCCUCCUCCACUGGAGUGAGGGUGUCUGCCUGCCAGCCCAGCCUUUUCUGCUUUCAGAGCCUGCCCCUUGCCCAGGUAGUCUGCCAGGGGGCUCUGCCACUCCCACCUGUGCUGAGCCUUGGCUUCAUCGGUGGGUCUGUGGCUUGGGCUGACCCACUGGCUGUAUAGGUUUGAGGGGCCAUCCAGAGCCUCAGUGCUGCUUCCACAUUCACCACCCCUGGCCCUGCCUGGGUGGUGGUAUUGCAGGGACCAAGGAGUCACUGUGGGUUCCCACCGGGCCGUGGCUAAGCUGUUCCUGGCUGUCUUCCUCCUGGCUUUGGCUUUAUUCCUAUAGACCACACAUGGGGUGGGACACUCAAGGAACCCACCCUAGUAGGUUGCAAAUCCUACUGCUCACUUACCCCUUAGCUGUUUCCAUGCUGUGGUGUGCUGCUUCCUGCGCAGAAUGGACAGGGGCCCCACCUGGGGAGCCCCUUCUCUGCUUCACUGUGAGGCCUAGGCAACCUCCACCAAUUCCAGACAAGGGCUUGGACUCCAAAGCUGGCUCUGUCCCUUCCCUGCUGGUCUCUGCUGGCAGCUCUUGGCUCCACGCCCUUCCUCCUCCUCUCUUUGGGAAUCUGUGUCUUCCAGGGAUCGCUGCUUAACUUGGAGGUGCUUCUCUGUGGGGUCCCAGCCCACUUCCCUGUUCCAGCUACCUGGCAGAGGCUGCCAAAAUUCUGGGCUUGGUUCAGGAAGCUCCUCAUGGGAUGUGACCAGAACUGGUGCCUAUGUCCUCCGCCCCCAAAAGAGGUAUAGCCCCAUCUCUGGGCAUGUGGGCUUUGGCCUCUUGACAGGGUUGCUGGUGUCCUCUUUGGGGGGGCCCUGGAUUCCUGAAAAGCACAGGAAUGUGGGCUGGUGAGAGGAAAGACUUUCACUUCAUGGACAACAGGAUUUUCACCCAGAAUUCGAUCUGGUGUGCUAUGGGGUGGGAGCUGGGCAUCUGCCAGCUCCAGUCUUGAGGGGCUUCUUCAGUUUAGGGUGCUCAGACAGACCUGUUGUUACCUGUGGCUGCUACAAAAUGGGAAUUCUGACUUGACUGAGUCACCUGAUGACUUCAUGCCUUCCUUCAGUCUGGCUGUCUAAAUGGGAGCCAGAAGCAAGCUGCUGCUGUUGGCUACAGCAGCAGAGUUGGAAUGGAUCAAGUUUGUCCCUAACAGAGGGGUAGGGGCAGGCCCUCUAUGUCGUCUGGUCCUGGCUGGGGUGGGGUCAUCACCCCCAGGUGAUGAACAAUGCUCUCCAGGUGUAGAGCUAGAGAGCAUGUGGUGGGUGCCGUGAGGAGGAGGUUGGGCCAGUGCUGAGCAGAAGUUGCUGUCUUGGUUUGGUGUACAGAAGUAGCUCUGAGGUUGGUGAAGCUGUGCUUCCUUCUGUGGUUUUUGGAUUUGGAGCAACUGUUCCUUGGGUCCGUCAAACUAGGGCCGCAUCACCUCUUUCCCUUCACCUUGAUUUCUUGACAGUAAAUCCUGUGUCCACAUGUGACUAUUGGCUGUCUUUCUGAUCCUUGUUGAUUAUGUUUUCUUGCUGUGAGGGUAUUGUGUUCUUUUUUAUCAGCUUUUCUGACACAGUGAAUUGAGGGUUUUGGCUGAGGCCAGGUUUCCCAGACUUGUCCGCCUAGUAAACCAUAAUGUGUGUCUUCCCUCCUAUCUUGACUUUGCCCCCUUCCUCCUUUAUCCUAAUGUGGAUGCUCAGAUUUCAGAGGGGAGGGGGAAAAAGUGAACAGGUCAGCUCUUGCCAAAAUCAGUGGCCCCAGAGAGCUCUCCCUGUGGUCCCUGGCUGCUGCUCCAGGAUGGUGCUUCCCUCAGUAGAGGCGCUCCAUGACUGCUCUGUGUUGUAUACUAGGCUUUCUGCUCAACAGGCCUUCCUGCAGGCUACUCUCCGUCCACACUUCAGGUCUGUAUGCACACCUCUGUCAGCAGCAGCUUCUUUGUGCAGUGCCUGGGCUGACAUCUCUGAUCAGCUGCAGCCUGCUUUGGGAUGGUGGUCCGGCCGUAUCCCUACUGCCCCCUACCUGGAAUAGCCACUUGGGCAGUGCUCCCAUCCACAGCUGGCAAACCUGAGCCACAGCCCGAUGCACCAUUUCCGCUCUGGGAUCUUGUGACUUACAUUUUUAGGCUGUGGUUUGGUGAAAGGAACCAACACAUUAACGAUUUUUUCCCCAGAAGCCACUGAAUAAUUCUUUUUGGCAUGUUUUUACCUUCCAGUUGGCUGUCUGGUUUUGGAGCAGUUGUAGAGAGCAGAGUACAUAAUCAGUGUCACACAGAGGCAGGGCCAAGCUUCUCAUGGCCUAUUCUGCUCUGGCUUGUGUAUCUUGGUCAUGUUCUGUACCUGCUGGGCCACCUGCAUACAUUUCCACCUCACCCCUUGAGCAGCAGCAUUGAUACUGAGUGUUGCUUGAGUCUGAGGUGGAAUGUAAGAGUGUGUCCCUGUGAGCUGUACUUGGUGACAGCAGUUGGGUUUUCUGCCUCUCUAGCAGCCUCAUGUCCCAGCCUUGCCCUUCCUUCUAUCCCUCCAUCCGCUAGUCCCUGAAGCCUUUAACCAAACGGGAGUGGGUGCAGAAAGCCUUCUCCUGGCAACUUAGGGCAACAGGACAAGGGCUACCCUGUGUCCAGCUCUGUUGGUCUCCUGGCACUGAGAGGUGUGUCCAAGCAGAGUUGAUCAGCCCCUGUCUGCCCUGCGGAGGGCUGAAGCCAGGGGAGGUUGGAGGGGGUACCCUGAGAUCCGUUGGAGUGAGGGCCGGGGUUCUGGCUGCAAGGAGAGGCCCAGGGGCCCACACCGUGUAGGGCGGUCAGGGACCUGGCCUCGGCGGGACAGCGGUCUUGGUGCCCACCCGCGCCCUGCGCAGUAUUUAUUGCUAAGUUAUUGUCCAGGAGGGGCGGCGCUGGGCCUGGCCCCGGGUAUUUAUUGCUGUACAUAGUGUAUGUUUGUGAUAUAUAAGGUUUUCUUUAUUUUGUAUAUGAUCAAUAAACGCCUUUUAAAGAGA